AUAGGUGCAUGGUCUACUUUAACAUCUCUAUAAUUAUGUAUAUAUAGGUGCUUGUGCAAGCAAACUGAUGCUAGUAGAUCUAUAAUUAUAGUUAUAUAUAGCUGAGACUAUAAUUAUACUUAUAGCUGAGUAUAUACUAUAGACUUAUAUAUACUAGACUAAGUAUAAUUAUAUGCAAUAUGAGUUUGGAUCUAAAAGCUUUGGAGACAGAGGUUCUUCCCAGGCUGAGGGGAAUUUCAGAUAGGACUAAUAGUGAUGAUCCAGAUAAGAUAUGGGUGGUGCUGCAGUAUCCUGACUCUCUGAAAGUGACAGCUAGUAAGCUGCAUGAUCUCCUGGAAGCCUUGAGAACUCACCCAGAUGACCGGCUAGCAAUGGAUCAAUUUGAGUGGACUCUUUCUGGGAGAGUGAACUGCAAGGAAGACCAACAGUCCAGUGCUGAAGAAACAGAUGAAGCUCUCACUGUACCAAUGGUGGAAAUAGAGCCGGCUAUCACAAGUUACUACAGCGUGACGGCUCCAGUUUGCAGAACAGUUGUUCCACCCAACGAUAAACACAGCGUGGCGUGUCACACCGAAACAGUUAUUGUUGACAUGCGUUAUAAGUUUCUUUCUAAGCAACUACAUGGUGUCGAUACAUGCGUCAUACUCAAUGACGUUGCUGACAAAGUUCGAGACAUAAUCACAAAGUACCUGAUUUCUUCCUCUGACCUUGACAAGUACAGGGUGUAUGUACUGAAACCACAACACCAGACUUCGUUUGGCAUCUCUCCAAGAAGAAGUAUGGAAAUAACGGAAUCAUUAGGAUUCCCAGCUAUGGGAGAUUUCAUAGGCUCUCCUCCCCCUGAGAAAAAACUAAAGCUAGAAAUGUAGUUAUCUUUUUAUAUAGUGUGUAUUGUACGAAUAAUUAUAAUUAUAAUCAUAUAAAAUAUAGCUAGUUGAUGUGAUGAAGCUGUUAAGAUUGGAAAAAAUUACAAAAA